GAGCAGGCAGAAAAUGGCUUCUCCACAGCAGGGUCAGCGGUCAUCGAUGAUGACAACCCAGCAGGGUUCACCUCCUCCACCAGUGCAGUCAGGAGGGAGGGGCCACUGCGAACCUUGGACGACAGACCAAUCACUGUGCAUUUUGGACAGGCUCGGCCACCAGUGCUGUUGAAGAGACCGAGCAGCAACGUGAGUCUGGAAAGCAGCAUUGACCACUCUAUCCGUCCUACUCGUCACUACACCGUCUUUCUCUCUGAGGAUUCAUCCGGAGAUGAGCUCCAGUACGACGAUGACUCCAUCUCUGGGUUUCCUGACAGCUUUCUCUUCUCCGUCCCUUUCGAGUGGUCUCCUCUGCCACAGCCGUACCGUUCCCUGAAGGAGGCCGCGUUGAUAGAAGGGAUCGAUCCUGGUUUCGGUGCAGAGAGUCACACUGCCCCUCCCAGCCCGGUAAACGAGAAGUUCUCCAAUGUCAACCUGCUGGGCGAUAUCUUCGGCUGCCAGGACGAGCCUGACAGCCAACCAAUCACCUUGGCUAAAAGUCUCGAGGACCUGAGGACUCCCAAAGACACUGAGGGUCUACAAGCCAAGUUCACCUACCAGCGGAUGGACCUGAGUCUCGGUGAACACUCGCGAACGCUUCCAGGCCUCAAGCUCCCCAACCCGUACAACAAGCUGUGGAGUGUAGGGCAGGACGACGCGGCCUUACCCGUUUGUGUGCCUCCCGCCUGCGACAGACCUCCGCCUGUCCAACCUCUCGCGCCGAUAGAAGCCCACUCUCCGAGCCGCGAGAGCUCCAUCCCGGGCGGCGACACUUUGGACCCUUCCGCCCACGGUUACAUCACCAUUCCACGCCCCCACGGAAGGAAGACGCCCGAGCUCGGUACUGUGCUAGCACCCCCCGCCGCCCAGCUGCGUUCUAAACCGGCAGGAGCUGGCGAAGGAGGCACUACAUCAGGGGGACAAGAGUUUAGACAAGCCCUCAGUAUGACCACAGAUGGAGAACUGCUGAAGCCCACCAAGGCCGCUGAGGACAGUAUAGAUCUGAUAAGCCUUCUCGACCCCCUUAACAGCUCAGCACCCUCCAGUUCGUUAAGCGACGGGUUAGACAUUGGCGCGUCGUCAUCUUCCUGCAAACCAACUCUACCACCCAGGUCCUACCCACAGGGCUUGCCUCCUUUCCCACUGCAUCCUCACAUAUCACUCAACCCUUUUGCCCAAUCUCUGCAGCACACCUCCCCUCACAUGCGUUACUCACCGACUGUAAGUGGGAAUCCCUUCGGUGUGGUCUACGGGCCUCCAGCCGGCUCUUACUCGCACGCUCCAGCCCAGCCACAGUCCUUUUGUACACUACCGGGGCUCUACAGACAACAUUCGCCCGGCAGCUCGACUCUGCCGCCCAGCUAUGGACUGCUUCCGUCAGCCUUCCCUUCCUCCGUCACCUCCCUGUCUCACUUCUCCGCCAGCAAUCAUGCCCUUUCCAGUCACGCGGACUCCACGUCUGUCCCCAGCACAGCCCAGAACGCACUGCCAAAGCCGCUCCGUGCUGAGGUAGACAGCCAGAAGACUCAGGAUCUUUUUGGGGAUCUGCUGACUAUGGCCAAGCCAGCUACACCCCCAAAAAAGAAGGUGGAGGACCUUCGGAGAAGGUGGGAAACAUUUGACUAAAACCUGUGACUAUGUUCUGAGGUGCUCCUUUCUGUCACUACCCAAACUCCCCUCACGACUGUGUCAGGACCUUCUAUUGCAUUUAAUGGCACAUUAGCUCUAAUUCAUGCUACUCUGCUUAUGCAACUCAUAAUCGUAGAACAAUAAAAGCUUUACCUUAAAAUUUGUGAGUAAACAUUAGCUUAUUAGGCUUCCAGUAUUCCUCCUACACAUUAAAGUUAAUACAAGGAACUUUUAAGUGGUUAUGAAACGGUCUCAAUGUAAUACUGAUGCCUUUAUAUGACCUUCAUAAGUAAACAAGGCCAUCAGCGUGAAGAUAAGCGAUUUCUGUAUAGUUAGUCUUGAUGCCUUAAUGUCAUGGGGUCUGAUUCCCCGCGACAUCAGUCGAAACGUUGUGCAGCAUGCAGGUUCACUAGUAACUCCUUCAGCUCAGGCUCCAGCAGAGCUUCUCCUCGCUGCUCUGCCAGCCUUUACUGAUCCAGAUGGAUGCGGCCAAUGAAGAUGAGGUUGUGGUUGGGAGGAUAUAUUGCGUGGUAGGGCGACCUGUACAUCAACUCCAGCUGGAAUUUCCACUGUAUCCGUCUGCGGCUGCAGGACCUGGACCUCCCCGCCCAAUUGCUGGGAGCCAACACCGACACCACGCUGCUUAAGGCCCAGGUUGGACCCGCUGGAGCGAAGGGAGGCACGGGGGAACCAGAUACAGGACUGAGCGUGGCAGACCCUGCUGCGGUAAAAUGAGAUGUUUUCUAAAGAGAGUCUGGUAGCGCUCAUGGAAACACUACCGCUUUUGUCCACUGGGGGCCCCAACAUCAACACAAAAUGAAAGUUCCUUGUAGUAACAUUAAAGGUGCUUUGUUGACUGACUUCUUUAUUGAAACAAUAAUGAAUCCUCUCAGCCCACAGUUUGCAUGGCUGCGCUGUUAGUUGCUCAAGGUAUUUGCUGACCCCAGUGGUUGAUACAGUUGUCAUUCUUACUUGCCAUUACCACCAGUGACCACAAAUCAACCAGGACAAAACCACUUUGUAAGUGCUCCGUUCAUGUUUUCUUCUACUUUAGUGUGUUGCGCAUGUGGAGUACAGCUGAGCAAACGCUUCAGAGAAGAUGUAUCAUUCACUGCGACAGAAGGUCCUGAUGCAGUAUGUAGGAAUGUUAAUGUAACUCCCUACACACACACACACACACACACACACACCUGCCCUCCCCACUAUGAUCAGCUGUGAUGCUGACCAAUCACAAACAGGAGUGUGUGUUUCUUGAACAGAUGGACUGUCUUGUCAGCCCCCAACACUUGAACUCACCCGUACUUGUCUAAGGAUCGCCUGAAUUUUUUUCGUUUGUUUUUUUUUUGUUUUUUUUCCCGCCAUUCUACACUGGAAGUCGCACUCGAACGUUGGCCUUGCUUUGAGAUGUUGAGAUGCCAACAGCCAAUCGCCACUCAUUCACAAAUUGCUCACAAGAUUCUUUCCUCUCGCGUCAACUGUUUUUGAUGCUGCCAUGUUAGUGUAGUGCUGCUCAGCAUAGAUCGCUGAGGAAUAGUCACAGCUGUUUCCUGAUAGAGGAUGUGUGUUUUAAUGAUGUCCACUUCUAGAAUAAGCUAGUAGCUAUAGAUGAAGAACAUCCUAAUGGUGCCCUAUCUACAGAGUGUGGUGCCUCUCCAUCAUGCAGUCAGUUCACCUGUUGAUGUUUUUGGUAGCUUCAUGCAGUUUUUUGGUUUUGUUUUGGCCUUCAUGAUGAAUCCCUGUGAACAUGUGUUGCCGCCUACUGUGUUUUUUUUUGUUUUUUUUUGUUUUUUUUUCAAGAAACCUUUUAAGAGAACCUGCCAGGCUGUAAUAUCCGUGU